GAUGGUACGAUGGCCACACCUCGGUGAUAGGCUUCCCGGAAGCAUCCAUAUCAUUGAUGCCUUGGGUAUAUGCGCAAACCAACAAGACCUUACAGAGGCUCUCGAACCGCCUGUUGUAACAUAACAGAUUACAUGUUUCUAGACCCGUUCGUUGCAGCGGAGGCCGUGGUUUAUGGGAAUACGCUCGACAUGCUCUCCGAGCGGAAUUGGUUGGGACCUCACCGUAGGCGAAUUCAAUGCAUGUGCCAUUUGAACAUGUGGCGUAGAUAAAAGGCUGGGUCCUAUGGGCAUUUACAACCACGCGCAUUUCACUGUCAUGGCUUCAGCACCUACGAACGCUACCGCCCCACCGUCGGCGUUGCUGCAUCUCGACACCAACGAGAAGCCAGCCUACCCACACCUUUUCGGAACCGCUCUUACCUCCAGCAGACCGCUAGGGGGUUUCGAGCUCGGCCUCCUGAGUAUGCGUGGGUCGCGUGGGUACUCGGACAUCUUCGGUAUCACCCCCCUCACUUGCUCAGGCGGGUAUACCGUCACUGACGAUAACGUCGUGCACGCCUGGGCCGCGCUUCGUCUGCGGCACCCGCUCCUCUCGUCCACUGUCGCUUUCCACGCCGCGCAGCGGCCGGAGUUCGUGUAUGCCUCCCCGCUCACCAUGGCGCACGCCCUACGCGCGGCCAGAGCGCAAAUCGAGUUCCACACAUUUGACGACCAGGACACCGCUACCGAGGCGCUGCGCGACCGCUGGCUCACCCCGGAUUCGGAGGACGCGCUCGAUGUGCGCAGCGGGACAUGCUCCCUCUACUGGGGGCGCGAUGCAGACGCAGGCACCGGGCGGUACAUUCUCGGUAUCAUGAUGGCGCACGCCGUCGCGGACGGCCGUCGUAGGGCGAACAUCGUCCGGUGCAUGCUGGAACUGCUUGCUACGCCUGGCCGCGCUCAGCGGGAGCUUGCAGCGCACUUUGCUGGAGAGACACCAGUUGUAGAGAUCCCGCCUGCAAUGGACAGCCUCCUCCCUGACACGAGCAAGUCCGACCCUGCCGAGCUUGCAAAGGCGAAGGAGGUAUUUGAUGAGCUCAUCAAAUUCAGGAGCAAGCGAUUGUCAGGUCUCGUUCCCGACGGUGAUUUGAAGGAAGAGAACUUCCAGCCUCGCUUUCGGCGUCAAAUUUGGUCUAUCGAAGAGACUCGACGCAUUCUUAUGGCCUGCAAGGCGCGUGGCGUCACGAUCACCCACCUCGCGAACGUUUCUAGCGCGUUCGCCUCCGUGCAGUGCCAGGGAGCGGCGCAACCCAGCGACUCGGAGGACAACUACUACUUCGAGCUCUGCCAGGCGUUCGACAUACACGCUAAGCUUACCCGGGUGUCGAGCAAUGGGGAGACGGAGACGGCGCUACACUUCAUUGGCUACCCCGUCAUCCUUUCCAUCCCGAAGUCCAAAGUGGCCUCGUACACGACAGGCGCACUGUGGGACGUGGCACGCCAGUUCAAGGCGCGCCACGAGGCGUACGUCAACUCGCCGUACUUUUGGAACUUCAAGCGAUUCUACGACACGCUGGCCAUAGAGAACUACAUGGCGCAGAUGGCCGGGCGGGCCCGGGCGUCCGUGCCGAACAUGAGCAGCUUAGGCAACCUGAAGAGCAUCCUGCCUGUCCGGUAUCCUGUGCAGACCUCUGCUGUGGUCAGCGUGGUGAAUGGGCCGGGUCCUGAGGCUGUCAGCGCGGAGAUCCGGGUGCUGGACGAGAUCUCGUCGGCGAAGGUGGACCCGCUGACGAUGAACUUCGCAAUGUGGACGUUCGACGACAGAUUGAAGUUGCAGUUCAAGUGGAAUUCCGGGCGUGUCAGCGAUGGACUGAUCAACGACUUCUUCAAUCGUGUUGUGGGGAUGAUCUCGCAGGUCGCUGAUGACGAGGGAACCAUGUGAUGUGAUAUUACGAUGGUCCGUGGUACUUAUCCGUUUCGUCCCCCGUCAUAGAGUAAGU